AUGACAAUUGCGGGUAUGAUCUUGGGGAAAGUCUCUACUCAUGGCUGCCCAAACAUUCUCAAGCUAUACCCCGUAAGUCUGCCGAGCCCGACAUUUGUCGACUCCCCGACUCCGCUGCUGUGCAUCCACUCCAACUGCCCAACGAUCUCUGACAGUCUGCGUGCUGUAGCCAGCGGAACGAAAAGGGCUCGCAUCCCUUAUGGUCUAAGGAACCUCCAUUACCAAUAUUGGCAGGAUACGAGGAACUUGCCAUAUCGACUCCGAAACACUAUUCGAACAAAUUAUGGAGCUUCAUCUGUUCCGAGGUUUGAAAACAACAAGUACCAACUUCGUGCUAUCAGGAGCACCACUACACCUACAGCUUGGGAAAUGUUUCUAAGCAUCGCCGAUAGAUGUAGUAUUCAUCGUUGGUGGAAAAGGGAAAAGGUACAGAAGCAAGAUAUAAGGGCAGGGGGGAAACCAAGGGCCGGAUACACAACCGAGUUAUGGCGCCGUUAUCUUCCUCUACCGUCUGAGAGAAGGAUCUGCCGUCCUUUCGGUCUCGUUAGAAAAGAAUUCUUUGCCUCCGUGGUCCCUGAGCUCCCGAAAAAAUGUUUCCAGGACGAUGAGCUAAUUCGUCAGCUGCGGGAACAGACGUUGGAGUGUCAGCACCCCACUAGCGGCUGCGGGCUGGUCAACCGCCGCACCAGGAUCGUCGGCGGGGAAGUCACUGAGGAGAACGAAUACCCUUGGCUCGUGGGUCUCUCGUACGUUGCUGGGACGAACCAGCCCUUCUGCGGGGGCUCCGUCUAUACGAGUGUGUGGGUCAUCACGGCGUCGCAUUGCGUGGAUGGGAAAAGCUCGACAGAUUUCGAAGUUCUUUUCAACAUGUGGGACUGGUUCAUGAACGAUCCGGCGGUCGUCAGUCGGAGUGUCUCUUUCUACGUCAUGCACCAAGGCUACAAUCCCAAGACGUUCGACAACGACAUCGCCCUCGUCAGGGUCGCCACGCCCGUCAACCUGGGCUUGAGAGGCAUCGCGCCCGUCUGCCUCCCGCCGCCCACAGCCGACUACACGGGCGCGGAUGCCGUUGUCACCGGCUGGGGGUCACUUGUCUCAAGCGGAUACCAUCCAGACAAACCCAUGGAGGUGACAGUGCCAAUCAGGACACAGUCGGAGUGUGAAAAGGCGUAUGGGAGUCAAGUCAUCACAGAUAACAUGAUCUGCGCCGGACUGACUGAAGGGGGGAAGGACUCAUGUCAGGGAGACAGCGGAGGCCCCCUGACCGUGGCUGAGGGCGACGGACGACACUACCUCGCCGGCAUCGUCAGCUGGGGGUACCUUUGCGCCGAGCCGAAUUACUAUGGCGUUUACACCGACGUGCCCAAUUACAUAGAGUUCAUUCACGAAACAGUAGAGAAAGGAACAGACGCCAAUGAACUUCUGUCGUGAUGAAAGUGACUCGCCUUCGCCCUGUUUGCCGCCGCGCCAAUAGGAGUGUCGCGCAGCCCAAGAGAGUAGCAAGGGAUGGCGCCGGAUACCACGGGACGCGACGUAACAGCCAACGGAAUAAAAUGAUUUCCAUUGAACUGAGAGAGAGAGAGAGAGAGAGAGAGAGAGAGAGAGAGAGAGAGAGAGAGAGAGAGAGAGAGAGAGAGAGAGAGAGAGAGAGAGAGAAAGAGAGAGAGAAAAAGAGAGAGAAAAAGAGAGAGAGAGAGAGAGAGAGAGAGAGAGAGAGAGAGAGAGAGAGAGAGAGAGAGAGAGAGAGAGAGAGAGAGAGAGGAAUGAAUAAUAAGAAAGAAAUGUAGACAGAUAGAGUAUUUGUGUGUCGUUGAUAUAGUUGUAAUUAUUUGGAAGAUUUUUCUUCUCUGUCUUUCGUAUUAUAUUGAAUAAUGAGAAAUAAACAUACAAAACCGUA